AUGGAUGUGAAUGAAGAAGACAGUACAAAGGAAGGCGAGAAUAAUGGAAAUGAAAUGGAUAUAAAUGAAGACAGUGCGAUUGGAAAGAAAAUGGAUGUAAAUAAAGAAAACAGUCCAAAGGAAGAUGAGAAAAAUGGAAAUAGAAAGGAAAUUGAAGUGAAUGACAAAGAUUUAGCAAAUAAUAAUUUCGGCGACAAUAAGACGGAUAAAGGGCAAAGCCCAGAUGGAAUAAUAACUGGUAUAAUAGAAGCAGAAGUACACCAAGAUAUGGGAGGACCAGAGGACAGUAACACCCAAAUAGAACCAAGGUUGAGAGAGCGAAGUCCUUUGCAUGGCGAGCAGUCGUUAGAUUUCAUGGAUUUAAAGUUCCUUAGUAGUGAAGAUAAAACUGAUCAUGAUAUCACAGUAAAGGCAGGUCCAGUUGUACAUUUAGCACCGGAAGCGUUUUCACAAGACUUGUUUGCUGAAGGUAUAUCAGAGGAUGCCGGGGAAGAAGCCGUCACUAUUGAUGACGACUCAAGUAGCAAUUCAGAAGAUGGUAGUGAAGUGGGAGGAGUACCUGGCAUCGAUGAUGGGAAAGACUCUGAGAAGAAAAGUACUGGUAAGAAAAAGGAGAGGGAAGAUUAUUUUGAUGAAUUGUGUUAUUAUUUGAGGCAUAAUGUUGAUGAUAUCAUUUUUGGUGGGGACUUUAACUCUGCAACUAACGCUAGAGAUGUACUGAGAGUCUGCGUACGCAAGGUAUAUGGCACCAUUGCUCAAUGUAAACAAACUGAAGAAGUUCCUCAGGCAUCUGGAUUCCGUAAAAAUUGCAAACCAGUUGAAUAUUUUCUGCAUUGCACUGGAAGUGCAGUAAGGAAUGGUGGAGCUGGGCAAGGUUACACGUGCGGGAAAAAACACGUCAUGCAUGAAGCAGCAGCCGACAUGUGGUGCAAGAAUCCGGUGCCGCUGCCAGACGUCGAUACUCUCAACAGUGCUCUGUCUCAAAGUGAUGCAACCUAUGACUUUAGGUUACAUGAAAGCGAUAGCCGUCCGCAACCGCCCAUCGUGACGUCACUCACCUCAACAAAAUACCUUGAAUUUAUCAGUGGCCCAUCCCAUGAACUCCUCGGGUUCAUUCACUACUCGCUGUGUCUCGCUGCUCUCGCAAAAUUCACUCUCAGUUUCUCAGUGUGUUGCCGCAGUGCUAUCUUUGCUUGUGUAGGAAAAGAGAACGCAUAUCUUGGUAGGAGAGAUCAUAAAUGCACUGAAAUAAUAGAUUUGAUACAACACAUUCACCGAGAGGGAGAGGAAGUGCACCAAGGCUCGACAUUCAUCAUGGACUGCACAGAGGACCUGCAGUGUUCCGUCUGCAUUCAGAUCUACAGCGAUAAAUCCCCCCCGAAGAACCUGCCCUGCGGUCACAGCGUUUGCUCCUCUUGCAUCGACCAACUAAUGUUAGAUAGCGGGUAUUGUCCGGAGUGUCGGAAAUCACUCAAACCAAAGGAAAUGAAGGAUUGCAGUGUCAACAUCCCACUCUUGAGACUGUGUCGACUGCACGCGUUUGUCACCAGCGGGAAGGAGGACUUGCCCUCCGUCGACCUCAACAUCAAAUCUUCGGACUCAAAACCCUUGGCGAGCGAGGGAACCUGUCCCUUGCACGGCCACCCCCUGUUCUUCGUCUGUCUGCCCUGUGAUGCGUUAGUGUGCCGAGGUUGUCUAAUUUCGGAUCACCCCGAUCAGCCCUAUGGGCGGUGCCUCAUCAGAAGCGUCGAGGAAAAACGGCAGAUGAUGAUCAACGCUCAGCUGGAGGUCCUGGAGGAGCACCACAAAAAAUCAUCAGAGAUGAAGAACAACUUAACGCCAAUGUUCAAGGGGUGUAAAAUUGCCGUCGAUUACUGGGAGAAGAGAGCCGAGCCACAGAAGGAUGAGGAGCAGAAGAGGAACUUGCAGGAGGCUCGCGAUAUUCACGACGUUGUGAAAAAGGAUCUGGAUAUAUACACUCAGUGGACCGAUUAUUUCCGCGAGGCAGUGGAGAACCUGAAAACGGCCACAACCAUCAGCACUAUUGAAUCGGUGAGUGAAAAGGCUAAGGAAAAGAUACCAGAGUUUGAAAAGUUAGAAAUAGUGGACAGAAAAGACGAUGUCGUGAAGGUAUUAAUGAAGUUUUGGAAUGGCCAAUCAUUAUUUUGGUAGGUGGUGAAGUUAUUGCCGUGAAAAUAUUCUAAUGAUUUUCCAAGGAGUCCAUUGUGAUAAUAUAGCGAUAUUAAAUGUUAUUUUCAUGGUGAUAAUAUAUCGAUAUAGUAGUUAUAUACAUCUACCGGAAGGGUCAAAGCACUGGUGUUGCUGUAUCGUGGUUAUUUUAUUUUCUGUGUCUAUUGUUGAAAUGAACAACUACCUAAGUUACUAUUACGGUCUCAAGACAGUGACGAUGUUACCUAACUGAUAUUUUACAGAGAUAAGAAAUUCCUGAAAGGUAUCGUUGUGACCUGUAUUAUGACGUAUGUAAGGUACCAAGUGACAAAUAAGGAAUUUGAAGAGGUAUGGCCUAAAGUCUAUAUAAAAAAGAAAAAAAGUGAUCAAGUAUUGGGCGUGAAAGUGUGACAAGAACUAUUAUGUAUAAGGGAAGGAGCUAGGAUUUCUUGUUAAGCUAGUCAACUCGAAGUAAAUAACUAAUAAGUAAAGAUAAUAACUAUUAUACUUGAUUAAAUGUGAUAAUCUUGGACUAUAUGCUAAACUUUUAAUCAGGGAGGUUAGUUUCUAAACUGACCGAAUUAAAAUAAAUUUUUUAUCGAAUAAACCUGCAAAA